AUGGCGGACGGGCUUGCUGGGAUCCACCACAUUCCGGACGAAAUCUUCGUUCUCAUCUUCGACCAGCCCGACGUCCCGCUCGAAACUCUCUACAACGCCUCUCUCGUCUCGAAGAGACUACAUUACUUCUGCCUCCCCCUUUUCCUAGCCCGAUUCGACAUCUCCGAUCCGAGCGAGUAUGCAGAGAUCAUCUUCCACGACAAUUUCGGCGGCACGGCGCUCGACGCACUCGACGGGCUGCGCGUCGGGCUCUACAUACACCACAUCAAGCACCUCGUCUGCCGCUUCCAGCUCCCCGGAGAGGAAGGCGACCUCGAGGUCGUGAUCCGGCACAUGAAGCGCCUGUACGGGCUCGUGUCAUCGCUGUCAUCCAUCGAAAACGUGUCGAUAUUCUACGGGAGCGAGAUAUGCUGCUGCUGCUCCGGGCUGGACAUCGGCGAGACCCUUGAUGAGAUAUUGGAGGAGUGGUCGAGGGUCAUGGGGCGCACGCUGAGCAAGAUGAUAGAGCGUGGGUGCACGGCGAUGUCGCUGGCGGGCGGGCGCUACAUGGACCAUACGUACGCCUUCCGCACUGGAAACGCAAAGUCGAAGAAGUCAAAGAGGGCGGCGAAGACGAAGGGGAAGAGUACCCGCGAUCAGCCGUUCUCGUCUGCGUUCAAGAACUUGUUUGGCAAGAGAGGGUCGAAUGAAGACGUGCGAUUAGCGCCGGACGAGAUCAAUAUCCUCAACGGCGAGUCCUGGGCAUUCUGCCGUGCAAAGGGGACGGGAACGUCCGUCGUUCUGACCCCGUUGAUGCUGGGUAAUGAAGAGAAAGAAAACUCACAACUCAAGCACCUUACAAUCCAGUCGAUGAUGGUGCUCAUGCCCCCUCUCCUCCACUGGACUGCCCAAACCCUCCGACUUCCCAGUGUACAAUCACUUACGCUCAAGAACCUCCAAAUCAACCGCAAGUGCUGGAAGAUGAUGUUCACCGUCCUCGCCGGCGCCAUCCCUACUCUCUCUGAGCUGCAUCUCUCCUCCCUGCGCCAGAUCGUCCCAGGCGACCUACUCAAAUUCAUCAGCAGCUUCCCCCGGCUCACCAGCCUACACAUCGGGCGCGACGUCGACUGCAUCGACGCGUACGACCUAGGCCCGUUCCCCGACUUCCCCGAGCUCAUCUCGCUGUACGCACCCGCGCGGUGGGUCAUCAAGCUCCUGGGCGCUCAGCGCACGGGGCUCGCGCGCCUCGAGAGCCUCGCGAUCGUGUAUAAUCUGCGGAACGAGGGCUUUUCGCAUUGGCUGAGGAAGAGCUCGGGCACGCCGACGAUCCCGAUCUUGCUGAAGGAGCAGGACCGGCCGCUGACGGUGUCGCUGGAGGUGUACCUCGGCGGGAACCCCGGGUGGCGCAUGCGCGAGGACGUGGAGUGCCCGACGGCGGACGCCACCCGCGCGCUCCGGCAUGGAGGCGGUGGCGUAGGGCGAGUGGAGUGCGAGGCAGAGCGCCCGGACGUGUCGAAUGUGGUGAGCUUGACGCUAGUGUUCGACGAGAAGCUGAAGAGCGGCGACGUCAAGCUGGAGAGCGUGCUGUCACGGUGGCUGGCGCUUUUCUAUGGCGUAAGGCAUUUGGGCGUUAGAACGGUGCCGCCGAAGGCGAUUAGUGAGGAGCAGGCGAUGGGUCUUCUUAAUUGUGUUUGGAGGGAGGGUGGGUUGGCGGCGAUGUCGAGCGUGGAGCUCAAUGGGAAUGAGGUGGAUAUCGAUGAGCCUGACACGGACACCGGCUUUCAUUAG